GCUUGAUGGGAAGAAGCAUCUUCUGAAGAAGCCAAGAUGGCGUUACGAAAUUUUCAGAUUUUGACUAGAAAUGGUCGUUUAAAACCGCUCGUUAAUGCUGUAAAGGCCAAGUGCAUGAGCUCAGCACCAGGAAGUACAAAGAAAUCAUCAAAGUCCUGGGUUGCUCUUGGCUUGCUAGCAGCAGGUGGUAGUGGCGUGGCUUUACUUGGUGCAACAGUAUAUGCCGAGGAGUUGGGGUUACAUCCACCCCACUUCCCAUGGACUCACAAGGGUUGGACACAAAGUUUAGAUCAUGCAAGCAUGCGACGAGGUUUCCAGGUCUACCAACAAGUGUGUGCAGCUUGUCACAGCAUGAAGUAUAUUGCAUUUAGAAAUUUAGUUGGAGUUACUCAUACUGACGAGGAGGCCAGAGCUUUAGCUGAAGAGAUCCAAGUUAUGGAUGGUCCUGAUGACGAGGGAAAUAUGUUCGAAAGGCCAGGAAAGCUUUCUGAUUACCUGCCUAACCCGUACCCUAACGAAGAAGCGGCCAGGGCUGCUAAUGGAGGUGCUUAUCCUCCGGAUUUAAGUUUUAUUGCAAAUGCUAGACAUGGCGGUGAGGACUAUAUAUUCUCAAUCCUCACGGGAUAUUUUGAUGCUCCAGCUGGCAUUGAACUUCGAGAUGACCUUUACUACAAUGCUUACUUCCCUGGUCAAUCAAUAGCAAUGGCACCAGCUUUAUAUACUAAUAUUAUUGAAUAUGAGGAUGGUACCCCUGCCACAAUGAGCCAGUUAGCUAAAGAUGUUAGCACAUUUUUGAGAUGGGCUGCAGAACCUGACCACGAUCAGCGUAAGAGAAUGGGAAUAAAGGCACUGUCAAUAUUUUCCAUACUGGUGCUUGCUUCGUGGUAUUACAAACGACACAAGUGGAGUGUCUUGAAGAGCAGGAAGCUAGCAUAUUGGGCUGCAUCAAGAUAAUACAACCAUAUAAGAACGACUUUUGCAAUUGUAUUUAUGUCUUUACCUGGCUUAGUGACGACAAAAUUUGUGACAUAAUUUGUUGGUGGAUACCUUUAUGGAGUGCUGUUUAUUUCAUGCAAAUAUCAGCAUGCGUUUGAAGAUAAAUCA